CGUCCUGAUCUACCCCCGUCCCCCGCCGCCCACCGCACCCUUCUCUCUUCCGUCACCCGUGCCCGCCAUUUCGGUGCCGCCUGGGCUCUCAUAGAUCGCAUGCGACGUGAGCUACCCGAUGCCCUCACCACCGACGUCUUCGUCACCCUCAUCCGCCGGUUCGCCGCCGCCCGUAUGGUUACCAAGGCCGUCCAGGUACUGGAUGAGAUGAAAUCUUACGGCUGCGCCCCCGACGACUACGUAUUCGCCUGCCUCCUUGAUGCCCUCUGCAAGAACGGCAGCGUCAAGGAGGCCGCCUCCCUCUUCCGUGACAUGCGCGACCGCUUCCCCCCUAACCUGCGCCACUUCACAUCUCUCCUUUACGGCUGGUGCCGCGCCGGGAAGCUCGACGAGGCCAAGCACAUUCUAGUUCAGAUGCGGGAAGCAGGUUUUGAGCCGGACAUCGUCGUUUACAACACUCUCCUUGCCGGCUUUGCUGCCGCUGGUAAGAUGGAAGACUCAUACGCCCUCCUUACGGAGAUGAGACGCAAAGGGUGCGAGCCGAACGUCAUCUCAUAUACGACUCUCAUCCAGGCCCUCUGUUCAAGGGAUUGCAUGGACGAAGCCAUGAGACUGUUUGUUGAAAUGCGCAGGCGAGGCUGCGUCCCAGAUGUUGUCACCUAUAACACUCUCAUUUCUGGGUUCUGCAAGUCAGGAAGGUUAGACCGAGCUUAUGAGUUCUUGGAUGCAAUGGAUACCAUGAAAAUGCACGGCUGUGUGCCGAAUCCCAGCACUUACUUCUCUAUCUUUACUGUUCAUGAGCUUAAGGAAGAUCUAGACAAGUGCUCUGAACUCAUGACCAGAAUGUCCAAAGCUGGCUGCUUACCUGACCUUAGCAUCUACAACGUGGUAAUUCGCUUGGCAUGCAAACUCGGUGAGUUGAAGAGAGCAGUUCUCAUCUGGAACGAGAUGGAGGCCAGUGGCCUCAGCCCCGGGCUAGACACCUUCAUCAUCAUGAUCCAUGGAUUUAUCAACCAAGAAUCCCUUAUUGAAGCCUCUGGAUACUUCAAGGAGAUGGUGGCAAGAGGGCUUUUGACUGCUCCACAGUAUGGCACCCUGAAGGAGCUGUUGAACUCUCUUUUGAGGGCUGAGAAGCUGGAGUUAGCCAAAGAUGUGUGGAGCUGCAUGGUGCAGAAGGGCUGUACGCUCAAUGUUUAUGCUUGGACGAUAUGGAUACAUGCAUUGUUCUCAAAUAAGCAUGUGAAGGAGGCUUGUUCUUACUGCUUGGAUAUGAUGGAUGCAGGGCUCAUGCCACAGCCCGAUACAUUUGCGAAACUGAUGAAGGGGUUGAGGAAGCUCUACAAUCGGCAGAUUGCAGCGGAGAUCACAGAGAAGGUGAGGGUGAUGGCGGCUGAGAGGAACGUUACUUUUAAAAUGUAUAAGAGGAGGGGUGAGAUGGACUUGGAGAGGAAGAAGCAGAGGAGAAAGAAGAAGAGGAGAGAAAGCAGACGACAAGAGAGAGGUUUUCAGCGCAAUAAUAAAGCUAACCCCUUGGGUCCUUAUGGGGUGAAGGUGGAGGUAGUAUGAAUCAAGUUCUUGUGCUUCCUUGUGGAGUUCUUGGUGGAAGAUGUGAAUCAAUGCACGGCAGGUAUUUAUUCACUUUUGCCACUCAAGAGAUUUCUCCAACCACAAUGCUUCUUUCUAUUAUUUGUGGGCGUUGGUACUUACCUUGUGGGAUUAUUAACUAUCAUUGUACAAAGCUGUCAUCUUUUUCAAUCCAUGCAUCAGGUUGGGAUGAAGAAAGGGGAUUAAUUUAGAUAAUAAAUUAAUUUUGGGGCAAUAACAUACAUAACAUGG